AAAAAAUACAAAAAAAAAGGUGAAUGUCAAUGACAUUUUAUACAUGUACUCAAAAUUAUGACUGAAAUUAACAUAAAAACAAAUUGAAGGUCAGUUACCUGAUCUGUGAUAUAGUUGUGAUCGAAGGUGAUUUUAUCAAUUCGUUCGUCCCAAAAAAAACGUCAUUUCACGUGCAACAAAUGAAAAACUAUAACAAAGGUUAAAUGCUUCACACAAACAAGUUGACCUCUAAAAACUCGAUUUUUGUGCAUGUUUACAAUUAAUAUUUAAAAUUAUUACAACAACAACGUAGAAAAAAAAUCGCAUCUCGUGUAGCUGCUAUUUUGCAUCUCUCAUAAACUUGGCCUACAUUAAGAGAUUCAAAUACAUUCGAAAAAAAAAAGCAGAACGUACGUUCGUUAGAGUAGCACAAAGUUGCGAGAAACCUCGUGAAGUGCAGUCUAGUUGCAAGAAAAUAAAUAAAUAAACUUGCAUGACCAGAUUUUAAUGACAUUUGCAGUGAGGUAGUAAUAAAUAAGCCAAAGUCACGUCCAUGCAAGAACGGCAUACGGAAUCACAAGUAAUCGAUGUUAAGUAACGUUGAGCAACACACGCAAUCCAUCAAUACAAUUAAACUUGUUUAAAGAGAGGAAAAAAAAGUUAGUUCCGCACUUUCAUUACACACUUUCGAUUACAAAUUAAUAAAAAUAAAAUAAUAAUAAAGAGACUUGUUAUGCAAUAACGCUCGGUAGGGAAGUGAUAGUGAAGCAACGAACAAACGAGCGAGAGAAACAGAGAGAAAAAAAAGAUGCAAAUAAGUCGCAAGGAAAAUGUUUGAAAUACGAGAGUUAGAUGAAGACAACAGCCAUGACGGAGUGGUGUUGAACGAGUUGGAUCAAUCGUACGAACUCAAAAUCUUUUUUAAACAAAUUUUCCAUUGGAUCAGCGUGUGGAAUUCGUCGGUAGGACGAGACUUCAUCUACAACAUUGAGAGUUUGGAGAACGGCAUUUCUGUGAUAGAUCACAUCCUAACGCCAAAGGACGAGGAACCUCUGGAAAACCGAAAUUGUGAUAAUAAUAAUAUAAACGUAGCUGAAAUCGAGGAAGAGCAGUACAUUAUGCAGCAACAAAGACUUGGCGGAGGCGGAGGCAAUAAUGAAGGAAAUAUUGUCAAUGUACAACCAGAAGGAUUCAGGAAUCUCGAGACACUCAACAACGGCUCAUCAGUAUUAUUAUCGCCGCCGCACAAUGCAAGCACCCAACAAGCAGCAACGAGUGGCGCCGCAAGCAGUUUAACGCCAGCACAGGCUCAAGUGUCGCCCGGAGCAAAACGUGAUAGCAACAUGCAAGUAACGCAACCGACAUCCCCGUUAGACUCUCCCUUGCCGUCGCCCAUUUCGAUGCACAGCACGUCAUUUUCGCUGCCCUCGUCGAGUCAUUAUCAUUUGCUGAAUUGCUCAAAUGGCAGUGCGGGAAGUUCGUCAGCGGGAAGCGGAGCUGCCGAUACCGCAGAUCCAAACUGGCAGGCAUGCAAAUCGACGGUGCGUGAGAGAAAUGCGGCGAUGUUCAACAACGAAUUGAUGGCGGAUGUGCAGUUUAUUGUAGGAAGUGAACCGGACAUUCAACGCAUUCCGGCGCACAAAUAUGUUCUUGCCACGGGAAGUUCCGUCUUCUAUGCCAUGUUUUACGGCGGCUUAGCGGAAGACAAAGAAGAAAUUCACGUGCCCGACGUCGAACCCGCGGCAUUUCUUACUCUCCUGAAAUACCUUUACUGUGAUGAAAUUCAGCUGGAAGCCGACAACGUGCUCGCCACCCUUUACGUCGCAAAAAAGUACAUCGUGCCCCAUUUGGCGCGCGCUUGUGUCAAUUAUCUCGAAACUAGUCUGACGGCAAAAAACGCCUGUCUAUUGCUUUCACAAUCGCGUCUCUUUGAGGAGCCGGACUUGAUGCAACGUUGCUGGGAGGUGAUCGACGCACAAGCGGAAAUGGCCAUCAAGUCCGAGGGUUUCGUCGAUAUCGAUUUGAAGACAUUCGAGACGAUUUUGAAUCGUGAAACUUUAAAUUGUAAGGAAAUUAAUUUGUUUGAAGCGGCUCUGAAUUGGGCACAAGCUGCUUGUGCGAAAAUGGAACUCGAACCAACGACGGAGAAUAAAAGACAGGCACUGGGCAGCGCUUUGUAUCUCAUUCGCAUUCCAACGAUGACACUGGAGGAAUUUGCAAAUCGCGUUGCGCAGCUGGGGAUUUUGACGCAGGCCGAGACAAUCGAUAUUUUUCUGAAUUUUACGGCAAAAACGAAGCCGACGUUGUGCUUUCCAGUGAAGCCUCGCGCCGGGCUCAAAACGCAAGUGUGCCAUCGAUUCCAGUCGUGCGCAUACCGCAGCAACCAAUGGCGCUAUCGUGGUCGUUGCGAUUCCAUACAAUUUUCCGUUGACAAGCGAAUUUUCAUUAUCGGCUUCGGGCUGUACGGUUCGAGUACCGGAGCUGCGGAUUACAACGUCAAAAUCGAAUUGAAACGUCUCGGACGCAUUUUGGCGGAAAAUAACACAAAAUUCUUCUCCGAUGGCAGCAGCAAUACGUUCCACGUGUUUUUCGAGCAUCCGAUUCAGAUCGAGCCGGAGAGCUUUUACACGGCCUCCGUCAUUUUGGAUGGCAGCGAAUUAAGUUUCUUCGGUCAGGAAGGCAUGACGGAAGUCUGUAUGGGUUCCGUGACGUUCCAAUUUCAGUGUUCGAGCGAAAGUACAAAUGGCACGGGCGUUCAAGGCGGACAAAUUCCCGAGUUAAUUUUUUACGGACCUUCUAUCGCAAAUAUUCAAGAAUUCGUAGACGAUUUUUCAGAUUUUUCGUCUGAUUGCUAAAAAUAAUGCAAAAAAGUGCAAUAACUCAAAAGAAGAUUGCUAAUUUAGAAAAAAAAUCUUCAAGCUCUUUGAAUGUAAUUCAUUCAG